AUGGAAGCUGAAAUAGAAGAGCUCAAGCUGAAAUUAAAAGAAUCAGAGUCAAAACAAGUAGCCAUUGCCCAGUUGGCAAAGGAAAUAUUAGAAAAGGAUAAGGAUAAGGAUCAACGCCUCUCUACGCUUGGUGAAGAAAAUCUUCAGCAGUCCAGGAAUAUUUCUCGCUUACAAGCGUUGUUGAAAAGUCGUGAUGAAGAUCUGGCUGAUGCUGAAAGUGAAGUGACAAAACUUCGCAAUGAAAUUAUUGAAAUAAAUGGUAUCAAAAGCGCUUAUUUAGUCGAACUCGAGCAAAAAAUGUCUUUUCUUCGUGCCGAGGUAAAUGAAAAGAAUGGCAUGCUGUUUGAUCAAGAGCAAGAAAUGCAAGAAGUGAAAAAAACAUUGGCAUCGAAAGAACGGGAAUUGGAAAAAGCGUCGCAAAAACCUGAAGUGUCGAUCAGUCAAAUACGCAACAGUUUCUCCAAUUCUGAGCGAGCGAAGUUGAAUGAGAAAAUAGCAGAAAUGGAAUUGGAAAGGAAUUUGAUGUUGGACGAAAUUUCACAGCUGCAAGAUAAAAUAGUUAUGGUUAAUCGGAAUUUGGACAAUGAACGAAGUCAUGUUGAGGAGCUUUCAACGAUAUGUAAUGAUUAUAAACAUGACGUCGAGUUUGUUGAUGAAAGAGUCAAACUGGAAAAAGAUCUCCUAAAGCUGAAAUGCCAGAAUGACUUUUUUGCUAGUCAGAAAGAAGCAUAUGAGUUGGAAUUAAACGAGCUAAGACACGAAUUGAUGCUUGCGUUAACCUUACGUACUGACGAAGGGAAUGCUGGCAGUGAUACAAGUAUGUUACAAUUGGAAAUUUCUCGCUUACGCACUGAAUUGACAGCACUUAAUGCCAAAUUAUUGGAAAAAUGCAAGGAGAGCGCAGAGGUUGAGACGGGGACUGUUUCAAAUACUUCGAAUAUCGUUGAUUUGAAAGAAUUUGCUUUCAACAAUUUGAAAGAAGAGGUGAAAACCUUAACUCUAAAAUUAGACAGAGCAGAGAAGGAGCGCAUUAAAUAUUUCGAGAAAGUUCGAGAAUCUGAGAAUCGAUAUUCAGAAGAAUGUAGGCGUUCUCGAAAGCUCUUGAACGAAAUAGAAUGUCUGAAAAGACGACUUGUGCUGGAGCAGAAAAAAAGUUUUAAUAAUGCACUUUCGAAAGCGCUUAAGCCUUCAAAAGAAAUCUUAACGGAAAAGAUUGCUGACUUCAACGAAAAAAUUGCUAACAUUAAUCAGAUUGAUGCAGAUGAUCCAACUAUCAGCGAAAUACAAAGCGCAGUUACACUGUCGAACUGCUCUCUGACAUCUACCAGACGUCCAUUGAAGGAAGAAGAAAUCGCUAAUAUUGGAAGUGGAAUACGAACAAUUUCUACUGAAUCAGCACGUGGUAUUGAUCAAAAUGAGGCACCGCAUUUGAUGUUAGAGUCAAAAACACCGUCAUAUACGAGUGAUAAGGAAAUGCCGGCUGAGAAGCGGUUAAAAUUUCAGUUGCCAGACGACGGAUUUAGUCACUCGGCGACUGGUGGGACUAAGGAUGUAUGCCGGAGAAGACCAAGACCAAAAAGACGAAUAAUGAGAAGGGUAAAUAACCUAGUAAGAGAAGGAGGCAACCGUGGAUAUUCAAAUGAUGGGCGAGAAUUUGUACUACGCUGGUUGGUUUUCUUAAGCUUAUAUACAAAUGUAGGAGUACGUGGUUCCAAUGGAUUUGGUGUUAUCAGGGGUAUUAGCUCACCUUCGAGGAUAUAUGACAAGUCUGAAGAUCCCAAAUCGCAUCCCUGUCGGGUAUUUCAAUUCAGUAACACUGGGCAAUAUUUCUGUUACUGCGAUACUGUCAGAGAAGAUUCCUGGUGCUUACCGUCUAAGUAUUUCAGUUCGCGCACUUAUGAUGUUAAAGAACGAAAUAAUGAGAAUGUAAAUCAUCGUCAGAAAACAGUUUUGGUUGAAAGUUCCACUGGAAGAGAAAUAUUUAAUGUUGACUUACCGCGUACUCAGCAAAUUGUCUUUUCUCCAAGGGACCGUCUGUUGGCAGCAUAUGAACCAUAUGUUUCUUAUGUUGCAAAAACGGUUGAAAAUAUUGAACAACGACAUCCAGCACCAAAUCUUAGGUUAUGGUCUCUUCCCGACGGAAAGCAUAUCACUACACUAAUUGCUCAAAAGCAGUGGACUGAUGAUGAAGUCUAUUCAGUUCGUUUGGUUGGAUCCGAAAUUUUGAUUCACAAAUAUAAUUCAUAUGAGAAAUAUGAGUCAAAACUAGUGAUCCGAAAUGUUGAAAGUUGCUCAUUGAGCUCUGGAAUGGAGCCACAUCAUCUUGCAGUAUAUAUUCCUGCAUUUGGUGGACAACCUGCAUUGGUACAACUCAAGAGGUUGGAUCACAAAUUCACUACAGUGGCUAGCAAAACUCUCUUUAAAUGCGAUAAAGUUAAUUUAUUAUGGAGUUGCAAAGGAAGUGCAAUGAUAAUAAUGGCCAUAGUGGAUGUCGAUACUUCAAACAAGAGUUAUUAUGGUGAACAGAAUUUGUAUCUUGUGGCAGUAAAUGGUGAUAAUUGUACUGUGCCACUAGAGAAGCGUGGGCCUGUUUAUUGCGCCAAAUGGAGUCCUAGCGGGAAACAAUUCGCAGUUUGCUAUGGAUUUAUGCCUGCUCGAGUAACUCUAUACAAUUUGAAAUGUGACCCAGUUUUUGACUUUGGCGAAGGCCCACGAAAUGAUAUGUAUUACAAUCGAUUUGGAAAUAUCUUGAUACUUUGUGGUUUCGGAAAUAUUGCAAGCGGUCGUAUGCAAUUUUGGGAUGUUGAAGCCCGACGUGAAAUUGUUACUAUCGAAGCACCAAAUACGACAUUACUAGAAUGGGCACCAGACGGUCAGCAUUUGAUGACUGCCACUACAGCUCCAAGACUUCGAAUCGAUAAUUGCUUCAGGAUAUGGCAUUACAGUGGUCGCUUGCUUUAUGAACAUCGUUAUGAUUUUCCCUCCGAAUUGUGGCAGGUACAAUGGCGUCCUGUUCCUGGGAACAUUUACCAUUCCUUUUCGAUUCCAAUUCUGACAGUUGAAGACAAAGCAAAAGCUGGAUUAAUGUUGCAAGGGAAGAACGUAGGCAAUGAGCAUCCAGUCAGUAAUUUGCCAGUUGGCACAAUCAAUAAAAAUGGAACUUAUGUACCUCCACAUUUGCGCAAAGGAUCGACGAAGAAUGCUUUGAAAACGGCGACAUCGGUUUCAAGUUCGAAAACUCCGUUAUCUGAAAAAGAGAAAAAGAUACGUGCAUUGCAAAAAAAAAUCGAUGAUAUUGAGAAAUUGAAGAAACGUAAAGAAAGCGGGCAAACCUUGGAAGCAAAUCAGAUGGCAAAAAUUAAUAAGGAAAAUGAGAUUAUUGAGGAAUUGGAAAAACUAAGAAGUUGUGCCUACGAAAACGUCCUAAGGCUGCGUUUUGGUGACAUUAUGGGAAGAUUACCUGGUAACAAAAGCAAGCUCAUAAAGAACACAGUGAAUAACGAUGAAAUUAGUGCGAAAAGCAACAGACGAUCUUAUGUACGUCAACGUAGAAAACUAAAUAGUAGACAAUAUGAACAGCCGUGCACAUCUAAUCAAAAGCCGAAAUUGGUAUGCAGUCUACCGGAAAAGCUAACGAAGGAGCUACAGACAUUGUCCAUGGAAGUUGUCGAAUUUGAAAGAAGAGCACAGGAUCGUUAUCGUAGUUUAAUUGAUGAAAAUAUUAAUCUGCGGAAACAAGUUAACGCUUUAAGCAGUAGAGUAGCGGAACUAUGUCAGAAGAUCAAUAAACUGUAUUCAAAAGAAAUUGUGGCAGAAAAAUAUGCGCUUCAUGGAGCAAAAAUGGACAAUUCGCCAGUAGGAUUAGAACCACAUGUUAAUGGUUCUUUUGAUGAUACGGAUGAUGAGGAAAAGCCUGAUGAGGCAGUUGGUACGAAAGGUUCUGCCAUCGAUGCUAACGAACUUAGUAACAAACCUCGUAAAAGACGCGCUGCCGCUAACAAACGUGAGGGUGAUUAUGCUAACAUGUUGAAGCAAAAUAUCUCGUUUUACGAACCAAAGAAAUCUGUGGUUGAUACACCGAAGUCUCGAGAAAAAAAGGCCAAAUUUUUGAAAAAAGGAUCAGAUGAUGGUACUGAUUCAGAUAACUCGAAUGAUGAUUCAAAAGAAGGAAACGAAAUUUCGCCAUGGAGAAUGUAUAAGCAUAUCCAAAUUAAGCCUCAGCAAACUGAUUUACCAAAACCAAAAAUUGCUCGUUCUGGUGGAGGUCGUAAUGUUCACUUUACGGAUGAAUGGAAACAGUAUGCGACAACUGUUUAUCCCAUUGAUCCAAGUCGUUACUGGAAUCUGCCGCAGGCUCAAUAUGAUCUUCUCAUACCGGACUCUGAUUUGGAAAUGUAUGCGAAAAAUCCAGAUAAAACUGAAAAGGAACAUUUUAUUCGAUCAAUUUAUGACUGGUUUCGAAGUCAACAUCGUGUUGCUCAAUUGCGAGUGGUACUAAGUGAAUGCAGUUCGGCGAUCGAUUUUGGUGAUUUAUGGGACGUGUAUGUUAAAGAAAUGAAACGACGGGGUUGGCCCGUUUAUGGGAAAAGACUUCGAAAAGGUGAAGUGUCAACUGCGAAGCAACAAAUUUUGGAAGAUUUCAUUGACUCUAACAUUCAAAUUUUUUAA